ACGCACCGCGUCGCGUUCAAGACAAUAUAAAUUGGCAUAUAGAAUACCAUUCCACGCUAAUUUCACGAAGAUAACACGGCCCUGUUACGAGUUUACUCUCAUAGAGAAUAAAGGCCCAGGCCAACUAGGUUGGUGCCACGCGGUUAAAAAUUAGGCAACAAGGCGCUAACAAUUCGCGUGUUUUGUCAUUCAAUUAUAUACCAAAAAUACAGUCACACAAAUUAAUAGGAAGCCGACAUUAGAAUUUCAAAUUAUUUAGUUUCAUUCCGCAGCCGGACUUUGUAGUGGACAGACGUUUUAUCGACAAAAUUUAUUACAAACGUCACUAUACGUAUAAUGAUAAUAAAAAUCUUGAGUGUUCAAUAAACGAUAUCAGUGAAUCAGUGGUUGCAGAUUAUGUAAUAAAAUCAAAGUGAAGUGAUUGUACAAAAUGGGAUGGAAAUUCGUGACACCGUUUACAAAACAGUGCUUCGUGGUAGCGGGUUUGUCACUGAACAUGGCCCAGCUGGGUAUGGUGUUAGGCUUCCCGACCGUCCUGCUGCCACAGCUGCGGCGUGCUGACUCCAGCAUACCCAUCGACGACUCCUCAGGAUCCUGGAUAGCUGCAUUGCCCGGCUUCGCACUGAUGGCUGGCAAUUUAAUCAUUCCAAUACUCAUGGCAAAAUUGGGCAGGCGCAUUGCCAACAUCCUGAGCAUCGUCAUAGUCCUCAUUGGCUGGGUAUCUGUGGUCACAGCAACUGGAAUUCUGUGGCUUCUCCUGGCCAGAUUCUUCCAGGGUCUUUCGUUAGGCCUGAGCACUGGUCUAAUACCAAUAGCCAUCGGAGAAUACACCAGUCCAAAGAACAGAGGUCCAUUUUCCAUAAGCAUGUCAUUUAUCAUGGGAUUAGGGACCUUAUUAGUUCAUACAGUGGGUUCAUACUCCACAUGGCAGAUAACGGCCUUAGUAAUCGCUUGCAUUACUUUCGUGAACUUGCUGAUUGUGAUUUACUCUCCAGAAUCUCCAAGUUGGUUGGCUAACCAGGGUCGGUAUGACGAUAGCAGAAGAGUUUUCCGAUGGCUCAGAGGUAACGAAGAAGACAAUGAACUUGACAAAAUGCUGACAGCCAGCAAACUCGCCAGGGAAUCUUGGGAAAAUAACAGAAAGUUAACAUUUUUCAAGCGAAUAAAGAGCACCAUAUCCUAUAUGGGGAAGACGUUAAGAAAGAAAGAGUUUAACAAGCCAAUUUUUAUAAUGUUGCAUCUUUUCGCAAUAUGCCAAUGGGCCGGCAUUAACGUCUUAGCUCCGUAUGCAGGAGAUAUCAUCAAGAACGUUGUGGGAGCCGAUACCUACACGCCCCCCAUCAUUGUUGCUAUGGGCAUCCAAAGAAUAAUCUCUAGUCUCUUCGCAGUAUACAUUAUAAGGAAAAUCAAGCGACGAACGAUGCUCUUUACCAUGGUCGGCUUGAACACUGCAAUCGUCUUUAUUACAGCAGCUUACAGUUAUGCUAAGAGUCACAACAUGCUUAGUUUUGACCAUCCUGCAAUAGGCAUAACGUUGAUCCUCGCUCAUAUGUUUACAGUUGCAACUGGAUCACUACCCCUCCCUUACACGAUAGCAGGAGAAAUAUUCCCUCUAGAAUACAGAAGUUUGUCGAGCGGAAUUAGUUCCUUGUUCUCUUCAAUAAACAUAUUCUUCGCUAUCAAAACUUUGCCGUAUAUGUUCAAUACUAUUGGGGUUCAUGGGGCUUAUUGUGUAUACUUUGGUAUAAUGGUGUACUGCUUGACAAUAGCGUGGUUCUUCCUACCAGAAACGAAAGAUAGGACCCUGCAAGAUAUAGAAGAUGAGUUCAGAGGCAAGCCUAGGUAUCCUGAGGAUUUGAAGUCAGCACAACCACUGACUGUAUGGAAGAGUAAUGAGGAAAAGCAAGCAGAAACAGAGGCUUGAAGUGAUUGAGUCAAUUGAAGGAA